AUGAUGAUAUUUAACACAAACAACUUAGUUACUGCUUAUUUGCAUCCAAAUAAUCAGUUAAAUUCGACUCAACGUCAACAAUAUUCUAUUCGACGAUCAAAAGUAUUAGCAAUGAAAACUUUAAAUUUACUAUACACAGAAUUAAACAAGUCACCGACAAAGAAUAAUUAUCAACAGAAAAUAAAACGAGAUCUUGAUCGACAAUCACCAAUUUUAAUUCGUCGUCAUUGUUCUAAAUUAGAAAAUCUAUCUCCUCAUCAAGAAUCAUCAGAUGUUCAUAAUAUUUUUGGAAAUCAGUUACAAACAACUCUUUCAUCUCACCAUUCUACGUCUCAAAAUAAAUCAUCUCGCAGAUUUUUAUUAAAUCAAAAACCAUUAAAUUAUUCGAAAACUAUUAGUGCAGGUACAAUCAAACAUAAUACAUGCAAUGCAAAAGUAUUGUAUCCUCUUCAAAUGCCUAUAUGGACACCAAUAUUACCAGAAAAAGAAGAAACUCGUACUAGAAUAUUACGUUCAAAAACUCAUUCAUUAAAACAUUCGAAUAAUCGUGAUCAUCAAUUAAAACAAGGCAAAACUAAUUUAAAUUCUAAACAAAAAUUUAUUCCAAAAUUAUAUAUUACAUCAAGAUUGACAAAUAAUCAUUUAGAAAUGUUUACAAAAACCAAUAUUAAAGAUUUCGUUGAUGAAUGGGAAGAUUCUGAAUCCAACAUUUGUACUCUAUCAGAUAGUGAAGAAUCAAUCGUAACCCAUUGCAAUGGCCCAUUGUUCAAUCAAAAUCUUCAAGUCAAUAAUAAAAACUCAGAUUAUUUUGCACUUUCGACUUUAAUAUCAAACCAACAAUCAUUGUUCUCUAGCUUAUCUAAUGGUAAUUCUGAAUUGAAACCAGCUAAAAUAACAAGUUUACGACAACAUGCAUACAGUACUCCUUUACCACCAGUUGUUGAACAUGCUAACGAUGAAGAAAUAUAUGAUGAUAUUUAUUAA